AUGGAGGACACUGCGCCAGAGGGCUGGCGGCGGCCACGGGUGAGCAUGCAGGAGCAUAUGGCCAUCGACGUGAGCCCGGGCCCCAUCCGGCCCAUCCAUCUCAUCUCUGACUACUUUCCACACUUCUACCCCUUUGCCGAGCCUGUGCGUUGUACCCCCGACUUGCUCCCAGCUACAGCCACAGCCAACUGCUCCAUACCCCAGCUGCAGCUCGACCAGGAGCCAGAGGCAGACUCCGAUGACAGCACUGCCCUGGGGACCCUUGAAUUCACGCUUCUCUUUGAUGCGGACAACAGUGCCCUGCAUUGCACAGCCCAUAGGGCCAAGGGCCUCAAGCCACCAGCUACAGGCUCCGUGGACACGUAUGUCAAAGCCAAUCUGCUUCCAGGGGCCAGCAAGGCCAGCCAGCUUCGGACCCGCACUGUUCGGGGCACGAGGGAACCUGUCUGGGAGGAGACACUCACCUAUCAUGGCUUCACCCGCCAAGAUGCUGGGCGCAAGACCCUUCGGUUGUGUGUGUGUGAGGACCCAAGGCUUCGGCGACGCCGGCGGGCACCUCCUCUGGGGGAGCUCCGGGUGCCCCUGAGGAAGCUGGUGCCCAACCGAGCCAGGAGUUUUGACAUCUGUCUGGAGAAGCGCAGGCUGACUAAGAGGCCCAAGAGCCUGGACACAGCCCGUGGCAUGUCCCUGUAUGAGGAGGAGGAAGUGGAGGCAGAGAAGGCUGGGGAGGAGCGUGGGCGCAUCCUGCUGUCCUUAUGCUACACUUCCCAGCGGGGUGGUCUGCUGGUGGGCGUGCUGCGCUGUGCCCAUCUGGCUCCCAUGGAUGCUAAUGGCUACUCGGACCCUUUUGUCCGCCUUUUCCUGCAUCCAAACUCAGGCAAGAAAUCUAAAUACAAGACGAGUGUUCGGAGGAAGACUUUGAAUCCUGAGUUCAAUGAGGAAUUCUUCUAUGCAGGCCCUCGUGAGGAGCUGGCCAAGGCAGUGCUGCUGGUGUCUGUGUGGGACUAUGACCUGGGGACAGCUGAUGACUUUAUUGGUGGCGUGCAGCUGAGCAGCCAGGCUAGUGGAGAGCGCCUGCACCACUGGCGUGAGUGCCUGGGUCGCAGUGACCACCGGCUGGAGCUGUGGCACCCGCUGGACGGUGUGGCCCCCCAGCUUGGCGACUAACCAUAGGACUGGGCUUGCAGCCUCCCCUCAUGGCGGUGAGGAUGACCCUGGAGCUGCAGGAGCACCUGGGCUGCCCCAGUUGCUAUGCCCAUCUUUUACCUUUCCUAUCCCCAAGUUUUACCUUCACCUGCUCCAAAUCAUGAAGCCAAAAUAAAGUUAAUCCUUCUGACCAGACCCCAGCCUAUCUUCUCUCUGGCCAUGUGUUGUCUUCCUGGCUGCCACUUCACAGAGCAGACCUGCCUGUUGUCUCCCACCCUGCAGAAACCUUAGCUGGGCCAGGCCCAGCCCUCCCACCUUCCAUGCCACCCUGACUCCUAC